AUGCUUUCUUAUGACAUCAGCGCACGCGCUACACCAGUUUUGCCAGCCAACUAUUAAGAGAAAAUGGAGGACUCAUUGAAGAUUCGACUUGCAGAAGGAUAAACACGAUCAACAUGACUGUACAGUGAUGCAUUGACGCACAGCUGUUGAAAACGAGAGAGAAGAAACAAUUCUCGGAAUCAGUGUGAGAAGACUUUUAUUGUCUGAGGGCAGUGAGAGACUGCAGCCAUGGAGGAUGGCGCAAUCCCAGUGUUGCCUUUGUCCUCUUCGGGGCCCCCAGCCUCACAAGAGCCUGCCCAGAGCAGCUCACAAGUAACUGUGACAGAGGAAAAAAACAAAAACGAACAGGAGGGUAACAACGUCACUCAGUCGGGAGAUAACGAUAACGAUGGCAGCGCGGGCGAAGGGAAUCUAGAGGAGCCGGCAGCGAAACCAGCCCAACCAGAAGCCGCCCCCGCCGGCCUCAGCAGCGGCUGUGCCACCGCCACCAGUGAGGUCAAGAAGACCUGGGGCUUCCGGCGGACCACCAUUGCCAAGCGCGACAUCAUGCCUGGAGAAGCGGCAGCGGCGGCUGCAGCUGCAGCCGAUGGCCCGGUCAGGCGCAGUGGGCGGCAGGCCAAGCGCACCGACAAGCUGGAGGAGUUCCUCUCCACGGCCAAGAGGGGCCGCGGCGGAGGAGGCCGACGCAGCGCCCCCGCCAACAUGAUGGACAUUGGAGCAGGAGACCCGCCCUCCCAGACCCCCACCGACGCCGAAACGGCCUCCGAGGCCAGCUUUGAUGGCAGCAUGGAGGCCAACAAGAGCAAGCCCACCUCGCCGGAGAGGAAGCGGCGCAGGAGGACCACCACGCCAAAGAGGGGAGGACGACGGGGGAGGCCGGCGAGGAGCGCCAUAGCCAAACGGCAGCAGGAAGAGGAAGAGGAGGAGGACGCUAGCGAUGGGGAUGGGCCGAGCUCCGAGGACGAGGCGGCAGCAGCCAGAGGCCUUCAAGCUCCUGAGGAAAAGAAGGAAGAGGUGGUGAAAGACGAGGAGGAGGAGAAGAUUGAUGUUCAUGCCAGUGGGGAGGCUUCCAAAGAUGGCGGCGCCUCCGCCCAAGCAGAGGAGCAGACAAGCACUGAGCAGGCGGAGGUGAAGUCUGAAGAGGACAAGCCGAAAAAGGAAGAGAAAGUAGAGCAGAUGCAACAACAGCAGCAGCUGAAGAAGGAGGAAGAGGAGGGUAAGAUGCCGCAGGAGACCAGCAACACUACUCCCCGCAGGGUCAGCCGAAACCCAGCCAGAGCCUGCAAGGACGCCACUCACUCCAUGGCCCUCGACGAUGAAGAUGAUGAAUCCGAGACAUCAUCGUCCUCCUCAUCAUCGUCGUCUGAUGAGGGUGGCUCCAAUGACGAGGACUACGACCCAAACACUCUUUACUGCAUCUGCAGACAGAAGCACAACAAGAGGUUCAUGAUCUGCUGCGACCGCUGUGAGGAGUGGUUCCACGGCGACUGUGUGGGCAUCACGGAGGCUCGUGGCAGGCUCAUGGAGCGCAACGGAGAGGACUAUAUCUGCCCCAACUGCCACGGCAGCAAGGCGCGAGCCUCAGCCUCCUCAUCAUCGUCCGCCACCACCGCGGAAAAUGGCCGCAGAGGAGCCACCACCCCCGCCGUCGCUGCCGCCAAGCGACCUGAGCAGCACAGCCCCUCCAUUAUUCCCGCCAGUCAGACAGCUGAGGACAAGGCAGGCGACGACCUGGGCAUUAAAGGCCGCAUAGAGAAGGCCACCAAUCCCAGUGGGAAGAAGAAAAUCAAGAUUUUCCAGCCGCAGCAGCAGCAGCAGCCACAGCAGCAGAAGCCACAACAACAACAACAACAACAGCAGAAGCCACAACAACAACAACAACAGCAGAAGCCACAACAACAACAGCAGCAGCAGCCUGCAGAGAAGACCUCUUCCAAUCUCCCAAAAUGCAUUGGGCCAGGCUGUGAACGCACCGCUCAGCCAGACUCUGUCUACUGUGGCAGCGACUGCAUCAUCAGACACGCCGCUGCAGCCAUGAAGUCCAUCACGGACGUCAAGGAGCCCAAGGCCAAGGAGCCCAAGACCAAGGGGCCGAAGGGGAAGCCUGGUCCAAAGCCGAAGAAGAAGACAGCAGGAAAAGCCGCAGAUGUAGCAUCGGAGGCGAACCGCGAGCGAGACGGAGGCGAACGGUCAGCCGGCGGCAGCGACGGAGAAGCAGGCAGCGGGGACGACGAGGACGCAAACGCGGAGGAGCACCCGCCACCACCCGCCAUGUCCUCCUGGUCCAGCGAUCAUAAUUACAUUGCCGUAACGCCAGAAAAGACUGCACCCGUUGCACCUUCAUCUGUGUUAAACAAAUCGUCGUCCGCAAAAGAGGAGAAGGCCAGCGAAGAGGAGCAGAGCAUCACCAAGGAGCCGGCCCCUGCAGAGAAGAAGCCUGCCCCACCAGCCACCACCGUCUCCCCCAAAGGACAGAAGAAGUCUCCCGGCCCCAAAGGCAAGCCUGGACCCAAAGGCAAAGCGGCAUCCACUUCACCAGGUGGAGGCAAGGACGCUAAAAAGCAGCCGCCUACUCCCUUGAAGUCCCCCAAAGGCAAAAAGCCUGGACCCCAACAGCCACCCCCGCCCGUCCCGGCCCUCACCCCACCAAGUGCGCCUGGCUCUCGCCAUCACGCCACAGGGGCACUGCGUGUGGCCAAGACCUCCUUCACCAUCCCCAAGAAACAGCCUCCGCAGCCACCGCCCCGCGACAGGGACCAUGAGAGAGACUGGGACAGAGAUCGAGAGAGGGACAAGGAGAGGGAGAGGGAGAGGGAACGGGAAAGGGACCGGGAUAGAGAUAGAGAGAGGGACAGGGACAAGGAGAAGGAGAGGGAGAGGGAUCGAGACAGAGACCGAGACCACAGAGACAGGGAUCGAGAGAGGGAUAGGGAUAGAGACCGGGAAAGGGAGAGGGAAAGGGAUAGAGAUGGCCACUCCAAGUCUUCCCAUUCCCACAGCCCUGCACAUCCACCCCCACCGCCCCCCAACCCCCAGAUGAGGCAGAACAUCAGGCGCUCCCUCACUGACAUUCUCUACAAAAGGGUAAGCGACAGUGAUGACUUGUCCAUGUCUGAGAGUGAGGUGGGAAGACUGGCUGUGUCCAUUGAGAAGGAAAUGUUCAACCUCUACUUGGCCACAGACAGCCGAUACAAGAACAAGUACAGAUCGCUCAUGUUCAACCUCAAGGACCCAAAGAAUAAGGGCCUGUUCUAUCGUGUGGUUGUGAAUGACCUCAGUCCCUUCCGCCUUGUGAGGUUGACUCCAGAGGAGCUGCUGUCCAAGGAGACCUCAACCAUGAGAAGAACAGACAGCACAGAGGAUUCAGGCAGGAGUCAUUCAGGAAGCAGCAGGGCAGGCCACAGGCAGGACUCUGCGCCCCCCGAUGUCGACAUGGACGAGGCGCCGCCUCUGUCGGACGGAGAUGUAUGUAUCCCCGGCAGCUCUGCGAACGCUCGCUUAACUUUAGGGCCAGAACAAGAGGAGAACCAUCCCACUCCUGCAUCAGCCUCCGCUCCGUCUGGGAACUCCAGCAGUGCCAUGCCAGACAUCUUAAGCAAAAUGUUUAGAGACACCACAGCUGAACACAAGGCUCACCUAUUUGACCUCAACUGCAAGAUUUGCACAGGUCAGAAAUCAGCUGAUGAGGAGCCCGCCUCCAAAAAGCCCAAGCUGGCCAUGCCCGUGAAGUCCAGAUCAGACUCAUACCCCCCCAGACACUCGUCCACAGAGGGCCCGCUCUCCUCCCAGCCUAGCAGCGAGGUGCCCAUGUCCGGCUCUGGCAUGCCUAUGGAGGACGUCAGUGCCAACAUUUACGGGGCACUGGCCGCCCAGGCUCCCAUGGUCCCGCCUCCCGUUUCCUCCGUGUCAAUUACCCGCAGGGACCCACGAGACCCACGCCAUCGGCCUGCUGUCACAGUUACGCCCAGUGUACCGGAGGUGGCCAUACCCGCACCUAUGUCGAUGGCCAUACCCACACCUAUGUCGAUGGCCAUACCCACACCUAUGUCAAUGGCUAUGCCCAUGUCUGCAACCAUGCCUCCACCUAUGCCUAUUACCAUACCUCCUCCACCUAUCAUCAUGCCCAUGGCCGUGCAUGUUCCCGUGACAAUUCCUUUGGAGCGUCAGAUGCCUGUGGUGCCAGAGGUCAAGGCGCCUCUACCGAUGCCGCCAGCACCACCGCCAUCCAACUCCAGGUCUUCUGGCUCAUCCAAAACAGCAGAGAAGAAGAAAAGUGCUGUGGAAACCAACCCUCCUCCAGAGGGGGAAACUGCUCUCUUCCUGUCCGGACAGGAGAUGAUGUGGAAAGGAUUCAUCAACAUGCACACCGUGGCUAAAUUUGUCACCAAGGCUUACCUGGUCUCAGGAUCGUUUGAACAUCUCAAGGAGGAUUUGCCAGACACUAUCCACAUAGGAGGCAGAAUCUCUCCCCACACAGUGUGGGACUACGUGGGGAAAUUGAAGACGUCCCUCUCUAAAGAGCUGUGUCUCAUCCGCUUCCACCCUGCGACGGAGGAGGAAGAAGUGGCGUAUGUGUCUCUCUUUUCUUAUUUCAGCAGCCGCAAGCGUUUUGGCGUGGUGGCGAACAAUAACCGCCGGAUCAAAGACCUCUACCUCAUCCCACUGAGCGCCAAGGAUCCCCUGCCCUCCAAACUAUUACCCUUCGAGGGGCCAGGCCUGGAGCCAGCUCGACCCAACCUCCUCCUGGGCCUUGUGAUCUGCCAGAAGGACAAAAAGAGAGCCGGCGCAGCCCUGGAAGGGGAGGAGAAGCGCUCCAAAAUGAGCAGGGACGCUGAUGACACCAAGCCUGCGUCAGUGACCAAGGCGGACAAAUCGAGCCGACACAGCCAAGACAUCCUGAUCAGCACCACGCCUCCGGGAAGCCCUCCCCCACUGAGCGCCGCUGAGGUUGCAUCGAGUGCAUUAGCCGUCCCAAACGUUCUCUCUCUGCUCUCUGCCGUCAAGGCCGGAACCUCCGCUGGAGUGUCUGCCUCCGCGGCCACAGGCAGAGACUCCCCGUCGGCUUCCACAGCGGCCUCUGCCACACCUCUCCAGACCAUCCUGCAGACCCUAUUUGGCAAGAAGAAGCAGGAUUCAGACGCCUCCAUGUCUCCGUCCGACCCACAUGCAACUGACAUCACUGUGGCUGCCACUCCUCUGCUAGACCCGAUAGUUCAACAGUUCGGUCAAAAGAAAGAAAAUGCUGAUGAGUAUGAAGAUGACCGACCAUAUGACCCAGAGGAAGAGUAUGACCCAAGCAUGGGUUAUGGAGGUGAGAAGGAUCUUGCCACGACUGUAAAGCAGCAGGGUGUCACAAAGCCUGCAGAAGCUGGAGCGGAUGUGACUGAGGUGGACGACGUGGCCUACGACCCCGAGGAUGACUCCAUCUUCGAUGAGGUGCGUGAUGAGGAGCAGCAGAGAGCACUGGACAAUAAGAAACUUCAGUUGGAGGAGCAAGAGAAAUUAUCCCUCCUCGCCUCUGCUACAGACCCGCUGAUCUCCCAACCUAUGAAUUCAUUGCUGUCCAACACCCAGUUGUUGCAGCUUGGUAAAAAGGUGGAAGAGUUGGUUGGAAAAGCCUCAACUGCCCCUGUCAUCAACCAGAGGAGAGACCCGAGGCAGAGCAGAGACCCCAGGCAAGCGGCGGGAGGUCGAAGGUCAACCGCUGACUCUCUUGAGAAAGAAGAGUCACCUCCACAGACAACUGCUCUUCCGGUUCCUGAGGUGACACCCCUGCAGGUGACGCCACUUCCUGUCCCUGAGGUGUCAGCACCAACGGUUACCUCAGUUCCCAUUGCUGAGGUGUCACCCCCACAAGUCACGCCACUUUCUGUACUUGAGGUGUUAACCACACAGGUGACAUCAAUUCCCAUUUCCAAGGUGUCAUCCCCACAAGUGACAUCACUUCCUGUUUCUGAGGAGUCAGAUCCAAAGAUGUCAUCAGUUUAUGUUGCUGAGGCGUCCCCCCCACAGGUGACAUCAGUUCCUAGUUCUGAGAUGACGCCCCCAGAUACAACUCCUCCACAGAAAGAUGCCGGAGAUAGAACACCGGUAGAAGAUGAGUAUGAACCAUGUGAAGAGUUACCUUUCCUUGACCCUGACCGUGUUGAGGUAUCGAUUCCCUUGUUAGGUGAAACAAUAGAGCCCAACUUGGUGGAUGAUGACACCCCGCCAGAGCCAAGGAGGUCCAAGGGAAUGAUCACAUCAGACACCAAAGCCGGGGAUAACAAAAGUGGCUUCAGCCUUUGGCCGAAUUCCGCCAGCAUUCUGAAAGAGGUCAGUGCCAGUCUAGAAAAAAUAGCUGAGGUCACUUCUGUCCAAUCCCAAACCACCAUGUCCUCUGACAGCAGCCCUGUGCAGGCAAUAACCAGCUUGGCUAAUUUUACUCCAUCAAUAAAUCCAGGCAGUUCCUCUGGCAUUGACACUCAUUCGCCACAUAUGCCUCACAUGCCAAUACCCAAUGCCCAGUCAGACUAUGGCAGAGGCCCGCUGGAUGUUCCACCACCCAUAUCCUUCCAACCCCCAGUCCGACCCCCUCCAAUGCACGGCAUGCCACCAAUGCAGGGACCACCGCCCAUGCAAGUGGUGCCACCAAUGCAUGGUCCUCCGUCCAUGCAGGGCCCUCCUCCUACAAUGGGUGGUCCACCACCAAUGCAAGUACGGCCACCCAUGCAAGGCCCUCCCCCUGUGCAAGGUGAUGGAUUCCCACCUUUUUCCAACCAGUGGGGAGGUUCUCAGCAACCACCGUUUGAUGCCACAAGAGGUCCCCCACCGCAAGCUAUGAUGGUUCCAAGGGGUCCUCCACCACCAUUCCCCCCUCCCGUGGGCCCCAGGGGUCCACCUCCCCAAAUAUUCGAUAGCAAUAUGCCUCCGCAGCACAUGACACCCAGAGGGCCACCCCCUAGCCAGUUCAUGGAAGGACCUCCGCCUCGCACCUUUGAAGGACAGAGUAACAUCAUGCCACCAAGGUUUGGUGGGCCCCCACCACCUCCAUUCAACUUCUCUGGUCCCAGAGGACCUCCUCCACCCUUCAGUGGCCCUCCACCAGUACGCUUUGAUAACAGAGGGCCACCCCCAGCUCACUUCAGUGGGCCUCGAGGCCCACCGCCACCUUCUCACCACAUGGGCCCUGACCACAACCCUCCCACCUCCAUGAUGGACAGGACAAGAGGCCCUGCCGAUCAGUAUGACAAUGACGUCAGGCGGCCCCACCCCAUGGACAUGGACAAACACCAAGGACCCCCUCCUUACAGAGACAACCAAGCUCCAUCACACGCUCAAGGCCCUCCAUACAGUGGACCACCGCCCAACAUGUAUGAUGGGCGCAGAGGUCCACUUCCUGCUGGGGAGGCACCUGGACAAAGGUUCCCUCCUCCAAGUCAGUUCCAGAGCUCCAGGGCCUCCUCACCACCACGCAGGGGCUCUUUUGAAGACCAAAGAGGCCCUCCACCACAGGACUUCCCAUCACACAGGGGUCCUACACCACCAUAUGGUGGGCCAAGGGGUCCAGCACCUGGUGGGCAUUUCUCAGAGAGGGGUUCAGGGGGUCCGCCAAGGUUUCACUAUGAUAACUGCCCUGGUGACCCAAGACCAGCCAGGCACACUGGACCACUCCUGCCCACUCCUUCCGAGGGCCCUAUUCCUUUAUCUGGUCGCAUGGGGAGGGAGCACAGUCCAGAACUCCACCGUGAUGAACACGAACACUGGCGAAGGCACUCCCCAGAAUUCAGGAGGAGGAGUAGCUCCACGCGGGAGGACUCAGAGCCUCGUGAGAGGCCUCCGCCCAGGUUUGAGGGUGUCCACAGAGAAAGGCUAUCAGAAGAAAGGCAGCGGGAGCUCUCUGAGGACCGCAGAAGGGAGCGGGAGAGAGAGGUUCCACAUCCAGGCAGGCCAUGGGGGGACAGGGGCAGGGAGCCGGGCAGGGAUCCAGGUAGGGAGCUAAGCAGGGAGCCGGGUAGGGAGCUUAGCAGGGAGCCGGGUAGGGAGCUUAGCAGGGAGCCGGGUAGGGAGCCGGGUAGGGAGCUUAGCAGGGAGCCGGGUAGGGAGCUGGGUAGGGAGCUUAGCAGGGACCCGGGUAGGGAGCCGGGCAGGGAGCCAGGUAAGCACUGGAGCCGAGAGCGUGAGUGGGAUCGCGGAAGGGAGAGAGAGCGGGAGAGAGACCGGAGCAGGGAGAGGGACCGCAGCAGAGAGAGGGACCGGAGCAGAGAGAGGGUACGAGAAGGAGGGGAGAGGCACAGGGAGCCAGACAGAGAUGCAGACAAAAGGAGGGAGCGGGACAAGGAGAAGGAAAGAGAACGGGAGCGCGAAAGGGGCGAUCGAGAGAGAGGCAGAGAAAGGGAGCCCGAGCGCAGGGAGCCCGAGCGCAGGGAUCACGACAGGGAGCGCGCCAAAAUCAGAGAGCGGGAGCGUGAGCGAGACAGAGAUCGGGACCGGGAACGCGACCGGGAACGGGACAGACGGCGAGAGCGGUCACGGAGUAGAGAAAGAGAUCGGGGGAAAGACCGUGACAGAGGAAGAGAACGGGAUCGGGACAGAGACCGGGAGAAAGACCGAGAUAGGCGAGAGAGAAGCAGAAGCAGAGAGCGUAGAGAUGACAAAAAAGACAUACGCUCAGAGUCCUCAAAGGACAUGGACAAAUAUGUUGAUCCCGAGACUGUUUCUGAUAAAGGGUCUUCUUGAUUUUCUUGUUUUGUCUUUUUUGUACUGCAUCUUUGAUAUAUGCCUAGUAUAAGCCUCUAAUUUCAAAAGAUGUAAGAAGACUGUAUAUUUUCUGUUUUGACAAAAGAGAAGGUACCCCUGGUGUUUUGUAUUCACUUGCAUCUCCUGACUUGCAUUUUAUGCGUUUUAUCUCUUCAAGUGAUCUUGCCAUCGAUGUCCAGGUGCUCUGUAAAGAUAAAGUUCAUAAAGUGUCGUAUGUUACUGCUGAUGAAUAACCCUUUUUAAAAAAAUGACAUGAAAUCCCACAUGAAGCUGGUGUAAAUAUGUAUGUAUGUGUAUAAACAGCUGCGUUUUUAAUUUUCAUUUUUUUCUACAUAGAGUAAUAAGCCAUAUAGCAUUCUUGUUGAUACACAUCACAGAUAUAAUUGUUUUUCCCCCAAAGUUUUUUGAAAGCCUGUCUUUUCUGCAUUUAACUGUCAUUUAAACUGUCAAUUAAAUCAUCUUCAAGGCUUA